CGCUUAUCUCCCCAGGGCCUCAUUCAGCACAGUUGCACAUGCUGCUCUCUGAAUCCUGCCAGGGAUCUGUGGUAAAGGUCCCAGGCCAUCGGGUGUUUUAUUCAGGUCGUUCAGCCUAUUCCCGAGACAGGUAAGUUCAUAGCAUGCAGGUGGUAUUCGCCGGGAGUGAGAGCGUAGGAGUGCUCGGGGGGUACCCUCGGCCUAUCCUGCACCCCAGUGGUGUAUUUAGGAUUUGUGCUGCCCUAGGUAGGACGGUGCUCGGGCACCCCCCCUAAUUAAAAUUUUCCGACACAAUCACAUUCACUGAAACACACACUCACUGACAGACACACUCACUCACAUUCACUGACACACAUUUACUGACACUCACAUUCACUGACACACACACAUUUUCCCACACUCACAGUUAUUAUUAUUAUUUUAUUCUUUAUGAAAAUCCACCCAGCCUUCCUACGUUUGGGAUAGCUAGGUGGAUUUUUCACCUGGGGUCCAGUGGGGCUGCAGGGAGGGAGGCGGCCGGACGAGCAGUUUUCAGCGAGGGAGCACUUUCCCCUGAGCCCUCUGCUCAGCCCCCCCUCACGCCGCAGAGUGAUGCCGGGAGCCGGAAUUAUUGCGGGUCGUGCGAGGGAGCUGAGCAGAGAGCCCAGGGGAAAGUGCUCCCUCGCCGCCCGCCCGAGAAACAACCACCCAGCUGCCCUGGGGGAGCCCAAAGGUGGCCAGCUGGCCGGCUCUUGGGCUCCCAUAAAACGAGGCAAACAGGGUAUUUGCCUGGAAAUUGCCGCUCAAGGCAAAUGCCUUGUUUGCCUCGCGGCAGACACAUCCCUGCCAUGUCCGCACCUGGGCCGUCACCUCUGUGCCACGGACUCGGUUCCUGUUCAUGGCCAAGUCCAUCCCCUGAGAGGGGCAACGAAAGUCCUGGGUGGUAUCAGGCCUAUAUCGGACCCUAGUUCUUCACUGGUGUGGUCGGUGUCGGGGGGGGGGGGAACACCCCUUCUGGCCCCCGUUGUGGGUGAGUAGGUGAGGGAUGCCUUGCUAGAGGUGGGUCCUCUCUUCAGCUGACUCUGCAGUCUACGGUUUCUCCCCAGUGGAGCAGGUCGCAGUAUCAUCACCUGCUUCGUCGGGUGUGUGUGAGAUGGCGGCUCGUCUGACUGCUGAAGGUAUGGUGCACCUUGCGCCUAUAAGCGAGGGAUGCGGCUUGUGACAACGACUUCUGAGCUCCUCGGCUUGCAUUUAUUUAAGGUGUAGCUUCAGCCAGAAGUUAGCAAAUAUAUUUUCCAGUUUUUAGAAGAAAUAUUCUUUUUAGGUAAUUAACUCACAUUUUAAUGAGGGUGUUAAACUGGCUCAAGUAAUCCAGCUUUGUGUGUAAAGUAGAUCCCAUUCAGGAAUAUCAGAUCCUCAGUGGAGAUAGAUGGGGGCAUCAGCUCUUAACUUUUAAAACAAAUAAUAUUUAAUGCACAAAAGAUUAAACGCUUACAUACAAAGUGCUUCUUAUUCACAGUUCCACAAUUCACAGCUAUACUAUAAUGCCUUCUUGUGCUGACUGGUUUGGAGAGGUUUGUAGCCCGGUCCGUGGGGCUGCAGCAUCGGUGUCCUUGGAUGCGGAGUGGUUCCUUGUCGUGAUCCUUGUAGUAGGUUGGUAAAGGGACUCGACCUUUAGGACGUUUUGAUUUCGACCUUGUUCGCACUCUUCGUUCUCCUUCGUUUCCGGGUGUUAAAAGUGCAAAUAUGAAGCCUCCUGUCUUGCUGUAAAAUUAGGACUUAUUCUAGCUUUGGUGAACGAAUAAUUUCUUAAGUUUGCAUAGUUUAUUAUGCAGUGUUGCUUUGCUUUGGAUGAUGUAGUUUAUGGUUACUUUAUGUUAUUUUUUUAUUAACAUGCCCCUCUGCUAUUGCAAUUUACUUUUGCUGAGUUUUGUCUUUUUUUAUUUUAGUUUAAUCCGGACAUCUUUGGUUCAGUUUGGAUUUAUUAGUUGUAACAUUUCGACUGCUCUAAUAGCCACAGCUUACAGUGGACACUAGUCACUGUUGAGACAGUUGGCACUGCGGAGCUGUUGCGGUGAUCAUGUAUGUAAAGAUGGAAAACAGAAAUAUUUUCACAUGUUUUCAACAUUUGCGUUUUGAAAAUGUAAGUAUAUUAUUUGGUUUCUUUAUAACUCCAAUUAUAUUUCUCAUUAACUUGUUAACCCAAACUUUUAUAAAAUCCAUGGGUGGAUCCACAAGGAGAAUGCAGGUUGGAUCCAUUUUAUGAUUAUUAAUGGAUAGUGGCAUACUUUUUAUUUUAAUUCUUAUUUUAAUCAAUUUAAAUCCUUAAAGGACCACUUUAGUGCCAGGAAAACAUACUCGUUUUCCUGGCACUAUAGUGCCCUGAGGGUGCCCCCACCCUUAGGGACCCCCUCCCGCCGGGUUCUGGGGAGAGGAAGGGGUUAAAAUCGUACCUUUCUCCAGCGCCGGGUGGGGAGCUCUCCUCCUCCUCUCCUCCUUCAUAGCGACGUCAUCGGCUGAAUGCGCAUGCGCGGCAGGAGCCGCGCGCACAUUCAGCCAUUUCAUAGGAAAGCAUUUACAAUGCUUUCCUAAGGACGCUGGCGUCUUCUCACUGUGAUUUUCACAGUGAGAAGCACACAAGCGCCACUAGAGGCUCUAUCGGCUGGAUUAACCCUAUUAUAAACAUAGCAGUUAACCCUAGCUGGACCUGGCACCCAGACCACUUCAUUAAGCUGAAGUGGUCUGGGUGCCUAUAGUGGUCCUUUAACAGUUUUUUAAUAUUCAAAUCCCCAUGACAGCCUAUAGCAUCUGUAUUUCGUUAUUACUUAAAUUUGUUCUUUAUAGUUACAGCAAUUUGCAAUGAUUGCUGCAUCUAUAGACCCCCCUUAUUUGGGAUUCAUUCAAUACAUUUCAUUCACUGUUCAGUGGUUAGACCCAGUAUUGAAGAAACUGUAUAUAAUGAAUGGGGAUAUAUUAAAAACAUUUCCCCAUGGUAUAUUUCUAUAACAUCCUUUUAUUAAAAUCACUUUGCAAAAUAAAUUGAUAGUACAUUACCGUAAUCACAGGAAAUAUAGAGUGGGGGUUGUUUACUAAAUUAUUUUAGUUUUUUUGGCAUUUAUUUUAACUCUUAAUUCACUGUAUUUUAGGUUGGUUUUAAUUGUUUGAAAAUACAGUUAGGGCCUGUAGCAGUCAGUGGAUAGACGGUAAAAAUGUUUCGUUUGUUAGAGAAUUUUUGUUGCAAAGUACCUUUGGUUCUAUGAUUUUGUUGUUGUUUUGUUACUGCCUUUUCAGAGCACCAGGCGCCGACGCCAAAUAUCUGCUGGUGAUCAGCGAAAAGGAAAGGAACUACCAGGUACCUUAAAACACUGUCUGUGCUUGAUAUGUAUAUAUGUAUGCGUAGAUUUAUCUCCAUGGUGACUGAACCAGUUUUUGCAAUUUAUAAAAGCUCACAUUAUUUUUUCAACAUGUUCCACUACCCUCUAGCAGUCUGAUAAGAGCCGAUAAGUACUAUUUGAGUUUAUAUUCCAUUUUCUGUAACACUGCUUUGUUAAAUGUCUGCUAUCACCUCUCCCCUAUGUAGGAAGCACUGUAACCUAGCAGGACAGUUCUUUUAUUUUAACACCAUCAGAGCGAUCUGACAGCCAAGUCUCAAGUCUUCUCAAUUCUUUUGAGACUUGGCUGUCAGAGUAUUCUGAUUGUUUGGCUUACUAGCCAACCAAUCAGAGAGCUCUUGGUCAUAUUGCAAUACGCUUUGCGAUAGCUAUCACAGGUAUCAGGGUUCAUACUGCGGUGAGCCCUCCAUGGGUCAACAUGGAUUAUUUGUUAUUGCGCCACAUUUUAAUUUUCAGAUUUUUAAAAAAAAAAUUUUUAUUCGAUAGGGCCUGUUAUUUUAAUUAGUGGCAUCAGUUAUUAUAGAUUUUUAAUUGCCCUCUUUUGGGGCUGAAGAGCAGAAGAUUUAGACGAAAGAAAAUGUUACAGAGUUUAGAUUUAUUGACCCCCCUCCUCACGCUUUUUAGGGUGUGGUGGGGUAGAUCGAGACUUUAUUUUAGUGGGGUGGCUUGGGUUUUGGGGACCCCAACAUUAUUACAAUAUAAAUAAUUUAAUGAUUACUUCAUACAAUUAAUGUUCACAAAGAUCCAGUCUUCUUCUUAUCUUCCCUUGAAAAUAUUUAGAAUAAUAUAGUUCACUGGGCAUCAUACGCAAUACUUGUGUUGGGUCACUACCUUUACAGAGGAAACGUCUGUAGCCGUUUCAGAGACCGAUGUGUGUACUGCCACUGCUUCAUUGACAGUGGAAGUAUCAUAGGAUGUAGAAUCAUCAUCGUAGGGGUAUUUUGGAUAUUUGUAAUUAAUAUUGUUAGGCCAUUCGUUCUUUACAUUUCCAUCCUCAUCACAUUGGAUUUAUGUAAUAAGUCUGUCUCUGUAGCCUGUCUGAUAAAACAGAAGGAAUGAUAUUUUAUUCCUUCGCUGCGGUUUAAUGUAUACACCAAAUAUCGAUAUUAUAAAAGUAAUCUCAGGUUUAUUUGUACUUGUGACAAGUCUUGUUGCCAAAUCACCAUGUUUUUCUAGGACCUCGUUUCUUCUUCAUUCCGCCAAACGGAAUUGCUUCCCAGAAAAACGUGGAAUUCAUCCUCUGUGAUUGUGAAACCCAUUAAUUAACAAUGACAGUUCCUUUUGGCACCCUGGCCCUGAUCAAUUUCACACAAGGGCACACAAUGCGAAAUCCCAAACAGUGCCUUACAACACCCUGGCAAACUGGAACCCUAUGGACAAGUAUUCCCGGAGUGUCCCUUUAACAUUGCACUGCGUUUGAGCUGCAUUUUCCAAUAAAAUAGAUUGACAUUUUAUCAAUGCAGCCAGAAUAAAUACUGAUUUCUUGCUUAGGAAAAGUAAAUCUUCUAUCUUCCAUACAAUACUAAUUCUCCUAUCGGAUGUGGAAGUUAAGUGGUCACCUGCUCCAACUUCAUAUGGAUAUCAGCGGCAAUAUUCCGGAUAUAGAUACUGGCUCCGGUAAAACUAGAAGAUGUGCUGAGGUUUUAUGUUGUCCUCUUCCUGCGCACACUAACACAAACUUCAUCAAUUAAAGGAGCAAUUUACGUGCCUUAACCAUUGGAGAUCAGUGUCGCCGUAGUCGCUGGGUUCUGCCCCACAUGUUUUUAUCACAUCGUUGGGGAGUGAUUUGACAAAAACAAAGUUUUCCACAACACUCAGAAACCACUUCCUCCUAGGCCACCGAUGAACGCAGAAUUUACACCUCUCCAUUAUUAUUGUCGAUCCGCACAACUUGGAUGGCAGUAAUUGGCUGAGAGUGCUGGUGGAAGAUUAAUAGGGAAAGACACUAUUGAUAAACUGUCUGACAUUAAAACAGGGGACAGUGCCAGGACUAUAACCACUACAGUCCGCUAAUAUGGUUAUGUUGGCUAGAGAUCCUAUUAUUUACCCAUACUCGCAGCUUUGCCUUUAAUCUCCCAGCUUCCUUCCCUGUAUUCUUGCACUGUCAUUCCGUGUGGUUAUUUUAUGGAUUUAUACAUUGGCACAUACUACUCCAUACUACUUUUUAUUAUUAUUAUUUUUUUUUUUUUUUUAAACAGUGGAAUGAUUGGACUACCUUGGUAGGAAAGAAAGUGAU